AUCGAUUGUGCGCCUGGCGGGAAUCUGGCGCUGUUCGCUUUCGGAGUUGUUUUAAGUUUAAACCCUUUAUACGUCUUUCAGGAGAAAACAUGCAGGCGUUUCUGAAGGGAUCUACACAGAGUGUUAAAGCACAGAAGGAAAAAGUUACAGCUUCGAGCAGUGGAGAUCAUAAGCGACAGAAACCAGUGCCCUGGGUGGAGAAGUACAGACCAAAGUGCGUAGAUGACGUCGCUUUCCAAGAGGAGGUUGUUGCAGUUUUGAAGAAAUCACUAGAGGGCGCUGAUCUGCCAAAUCUUCUGUUUUAUGGCCCACCUGGAACAGGAAAGACCUCCACUAUUCUUGCUGCAGCCAGAGAGCUUUAUGGGCCAGAGCUUUACAGACAGCGAGUGCUCGAGCUGAACGCCUCGGACGAGAGAGGGAUUCAGGUGAUCCGUGAGAAAGUGAAAAGCUUUGCUCAGCUCACAGUGGCAGGGACACGGACAGAUGGAAAAUCCUGUCCUCCGUUUAAAAUCAUCAUUCUGGACGAGGCGGAUUCCAUGACCAAUGCGGCUCAGGCCGCUCUCAGACGCACUAUGGAGAAGGAGUCGCGCACAACCCGCUUCUGCCUCAUCUGUAACUACGUCAGCAGAAUCAUCGAGCCUUUGACGUCCCGUUGCUCUAAAUUCCGCUUUAAACCCCUCGGCGACGAGAUUCAGCAGGAACGUCUGGUGGAAAUCUGCCAGAAGGAGAAUCUCAAAUACAGCAAAGAGGGGAUUGACGCGCUGGUCAAAGUGUCUGAGGGAGACCUCCGGAAGGCUAUAACGCUCCUACAGAGCGCUGCCAGGCUGAGUGCAGAGAAAGACAUCACAGAGAGCGUCGUCAUAGAGAUCGCAGGGGUGGUUCCUCCCAAAGUGAUUGAAAAUCUGCUUCAAACCUGCCACAAAGGCAACUUUGAAAAAUUAGAGGUUGCUGUGAAGAACAUGAUAGAUGAAGGCUAUGCUGCUACACAGAUUCUCAGCCAGCUCCAUGACGUUAUUAUCAAGGAGAAACUGGGUGACAAACAGAAAUCUGUCAUCACUGAAAAUAUGGCUGUUGUUGAUAAGUGUUUGGCGGACGGAGCUGACGAAUACCUGCAGCUGCUCAACCUGUCCUCCGUGAUCAUGCAACAGGCCACGCAGAGCACCUGAGCUCACCACACACCUUCAACAUGCGCUUUCUGUUUCUCUAUCUCGUAUAACUUUGAUUCUUUUGUACAUUUAAAAAAAAAAAAGUAAUAAAGUGUUUUCCUAAA